UGAUGGAACUGUCAAAAUGAAAAUGGGAAUAAGAAUCCGAAAAGAAGACAUGCUAAUGUUUAGCGAAUUCAACGUGGGCAUUAUGUUGUAUCCAUUUUGGAGACGAUCGUCGUUUGAAGUAAGGGCCCGGAUCAUUGAAAUGUUGUGGCCCUUCAAACGUACGCAACGAGGGAGAAAAGGGAAAAUACUUGACCAGACUUUCUAUCGGAAGGUUUUUUUUUUCCGCGGAAUCUUGACGUUACGGCGACAGAAGGACGAAUUCUUUUCUCAUCCUAGUUGGUUCGAAGGACACGAUCAGGCCGCUUUAUUUCGGAAAUUUCAAGUCAGGAUCAAAGCUAGCAUCAACGGAUUCUACGGCCUCUUGGAUAGUUGGCCGAAUACCAAACUUGAUCCAAAAAUCAUAGCCGAGGAUGCACCGACGGCUUAAUUCUGGAGCCACGAGUACGGACAGCACCCGGGUGGUUCCAUUAAACGUGAUUGGAAUAUCGACUGACCCAAGAACUUCAAGAUGAUCUCCCCCUGCUGUGGAAAGAUGUAUAUUGGUCCACGCGUACACACUAAGAUUGCAUUUAUCCCGCUCGGGACUAUGAUUUUCCAUAUCACAGGAAAACUGCUCAAUUCAAACGAAGUUCGAACGGGAACUCGCCCGAAUCUCGGGAUGCUUCAUCUCUCCUGAAAUCUAAGACAAACUUGCUACGAGAGCACAGGAACUCAAAGUAUCCCCGUGAAUUCAGGACAGUGUUCUCCGAAAUCAUGGGAGACCCAAUUCUUGUCAAAUUUUCUUUCUCUUGCUUUCCUGUAUAAAAAAACAACAUGUUUUUUUUUCUCUCGCUUUAACCAGUGCAUGGAAAAGAAAACCGCGGAACAAUUUGACUCGUAAUUUUUUUUUGCAGGUUUUUGUUUGUUGGUCAUUCGGUACUCGUUUCUUUGGUUAGAAAAUUUGAUUUACAGUAUCGUUUUCUCUCGGUGAUUAUCUGUCGUAUAAGAAAAAGGUGGUGCUGGAUUAGCGGUUUGUAUACGCAAGCUUCGAUGCCGGGUUCACCGUCGAAGCUGUUGACGUCGAUGAACCAGCUACUGGCUGCUGAAGCUAAAAAAAAUUUGCCACACUUUGGAGCCUGACGGAAACGAACGGACGGAUAGAACCACUGGAAACAGCAGCGUAAUUGUUUUGGAAGCAGGUCAAAAUAUGUGCAAAAUUACCAGAUAUAACCAGGAUAAGCAGUGAUGAACGAAUUAAGUGCAAUUUUAUGUGAAGUGAACAGAGAAAUUAUAAGUUGAAAAUAUAAAAGUGUUUGGAAAAA